ACUACUUCUUGGAGUAAGUCAAUUCACAAUACGCAGUGAACCAGUUACCUUUAACAACUCGCGGGAAUAGAUCGAUGCGCUUGCAGAAAGGGUUGCUCUUGUUGUUUGCUGGCAUCCUAUUUACCAGGAUCCACAUUGCCUCAGCAGAGUCAGACGCUCAGUUUAACACUGCUAGCGUACCACCUGUGCCUGACCGACGCUUGAGAAAGCACAAUUUCGAGCUCGCGAAGGAGGGAUCGGAUACUGAAGAGAGGGGGCUCAACGCUGAAGCUGCCGCCAAAGCGUUCGCAAUCGAUGCUAAAAAGAUCGACGAUGUGGCUUCGAAAAUGGAGAUUGAAAUGGCCAACGUGAAAUAUAAUUGGCUGAAGUAUUUGGCCCACCAGAAAUUAAGAGAUUUUGAAGGCCAUUCAAGCCAAGUGGCGAAGAAUGUGGCGAAAUAUUUCUCUGAAUGGAAGGCGAGCGGCUACGGCGCCACCAACGUUCGAGAGGAAAUGGUAGCUGCUGGGAUUACCGAUGAAGCGGCAAUUCAGAAUGCCCAGAAGUGGUUCGCCAUUUUCGCCAAAAAAUGUCGAGUAGUUGCUCAAGAUUUCUGAGCUAUUAGUAUGUUGGUUAUCUCUAUUAGCACCUCAACCCAAAUACUAAAAAGAAUACUGAUACAAUGAUUU